AUGCAUCUCAAAUCUUGUUUUUUUCUGGCGUCGUUAGUUAGUAGUUUAAUUCCUUUUACAAAUGCCAAGCUUUCAAUAAGAGGUAUUAGCGAAAACGAAUUGCAUCUAUAUAAACCAAAUGCGGAGGGACGAUGGAAAUGUUUAGGAAGUGAUAUAACGAUUAAUCUUGAACAAAUUAAUGAUGACUACUGUGAUUGCCCAGACGGAUCUGACGAACCUGGAACUUCGGCUUGUUCAAACGGCAAGUUUUUCUGCAAAAACGAUGGUUAUAUUAGCAAGUACAUUCCUUCAAAUCGGGUUGAUGACACAAAGUGCGACUGCUGCGAUGGUUCCGAUGAGUCUUUGGUAAAGUGUGAAAAUACGUGCAAGGAAGAAGCAGAAAAUUAUAAGCGUUCUUUGGAGAAACAUAAUCAGCUUGUGAGUGACGGCCUAAAGAUUCGAGAUGACUGGGUAGCUCAAAGUGCUGAAUUGAAGAAGGAAGCAAAGAAAAAGUACGAUUCAGUAACUUGGAAAAUUACAGAACUCGAAAAGACGAAACAAAACCUUGAGAAUACAGUGAAAGCGCUAAAGGAGUCUGCUGAUUCAGAUAGCAGAUCCAUUCUUUCUAAUGAUUUAGAAGAAAUUAAAGUUGAUUUAUACGAUUUACUCGAUGAAAGAAAUGAGUAUAACGAACGUCUGAAUGCUUUGGAGAAUCUUUUAGACGAGAUAACUCUUCAGUAUGAAACAGAUAACUUUGAAGCUACGUUGAAAGAAGCUAUAGACUCUUGGGAAGACAUAAGGUCUCAAAAUGUGAAGAAGAAGGUUGCUUCAGAAAAAAUCCAUAAUGAUUUGAAAUCAUCUAUCGCACAUCUUGCUCGAAUUGCUAAAGAAGAAGCUACCUACUUUGGCUUCUUUAAAAAAAUUGAAAAGGACUUAACGGACGUAUACUGGAAUGUGAAACGCUCUUUGAUUGAUUUCGGAAUAUUAAGUCCUAGUAUUCCUGCCACAUCAUUAAAAAAUACAGGUGGCUUUUACUUGGAAAAUGUUCAAUCCGACUUAGAUGAGGCAGAAGUUGAACUGGAAGAGUUACAAAAAGAACAGACUGCUCUUCUUGAAGAAUUACAAGAGCACCAUAAUGGUUGGGAUAAUCUGUAUCGGUUUUUGAAAGGAAUGACAACAGAACGCAAAGUUGGUGACUAUAUAUACAAAGUUGUUUUCUUUGGAAAUGUUCUUCAAAAUUCUGUUGAUUUAGGAAAUUUUGUGGAGCAAAAUGGAAAUACGUUGAAAUACUCUAAUGGCCAAAGUUGUUGGAACGGUCCCGAUCGAUCUGCUAGAGUUUUUGUUGAAUGUGGAAUUGAGAACGAGAUUGUUAGUGUUCUAGAAGCUCAGAAAUGUGAGUACAGUAUAAAGAUGAAAAGUCCAGCAGCUUGUUCGGCAUCUCAAUUUCAGACAUCCUUGUUGAAGAAUGGCAACGAUGAUCCUGAUGAGCUUUGA